AAAUAUCCAAUGUCAAUGUCCAAAGUUCCAUUCUUUGUCAUCACAAACAUGUUUUAUCAUUUGUACCUUCUAUGCAUCCUUGAUGAAGUGCAAUAAUUCAAAACAAUUUUGUUUUUGUUUGGUAUAUUUAAAAUAAGCUUUUUUACUUCAUUUUAACAUUGUUUCUUAAAACUUUUGUUCAUGGCCAUGAAUAGACUAACCAAUCAAGGUUUGAUUUUGAAUUGAACUGCACAAAUAAGUCAUGUACUUUGUUAAAAUCAUCUGUUCUGCAAACAUUCACCUGAAUGAUAUUCAAACACUUCACAGCUUCAUGUCAUUUGCAUGGAAAGCGAGGGCUAAUCAAUAGCAGAAUCAAAAAUGUAUAGCACAUAGAGAUCUUUUACUAUUUUAUCUAGGCUGUGUAGCACAAAACAACAUUACAAACGUGUGCCCUUUUUUAUAGAAAACAAAGUGGAAUGUUGACUUGAGAAUAUUCAAGAUAUCAGGGUCAGAUGUUAUGUUGAAACAGACUUUAAAAUAUUCAAGAUAUCUGGAUCGGAUGUUAUGUUGAAACAGGCUUUAGAGUAUUCAAGAUAUCUGGGUCAGAUGUUAUGUUGAAACAGACUUUAGAAUAUUCAAGAUAUCUGGGUCAGAUGUUAUGUUGAAACAGACUUUAGAAUAUUCAAGAUAUCAGGGUCAGAUGUUAUGUUGAAACAGACUUGAGAAUAUUCAAGAUAUCUGGGUCAGAUGUUAUGUUGAAACAGACUUUAAGUAUUCAAGAUAUCUGGGUCAAAUGUUAUGUUGUAACAGACUUUAGAAUAUUUAAGAUAUCAGUGUCAGAUGUUAUGUUGAAACAGACUUUAGAAUAUUCAAGAUAUCAGGGUCAGAUGUUAUUCUUGCAGGCCUUGUUUGAGCAGCUGCAGGCCAAUGUCCAGAGUCACGUGUCCAUCCUGCUGGCCAAGAUAGAUCAGCUGGACAAGCCCCCUAGUGACCCAAGCACUGACCAGCAGGUGCCCUCCGUCGCUAGCAGCCCACACAAGUCUUCCAAUGGGAUCGAAGACCGCGUUCCUGAAUCUACUGGGAAGAAAGAUCCCCAGCGCAGAGCAGCUAUUGAAGAGACAAUUGUGAAGAAGGGAGGUCUCACCUUCCAAGACAUAGCAGGACUCCAUGAUGCCAAGGAGACGCUCACGGAGGCUAUUAUCAUGCCAUUACAGUUCCCACAGCUCUUCACAGGCUGCAUCAAGCCUUGGAAGCGUAUCUUGCUGUAUGGACCACCAGGCACAGGCAAGAGUAGGGUGGCAGAGGCGAUAUCUGCGGAGAUCAACUCCACUUUCUACUGCGUGUCCAGCUCUGAUCUAGUCUCUAGUUGGGUGGGGGAGAGCGAGAAACUGAUCAAGGAGCUCUUCCAGCACGCCAACAGCCAGCCCGAGGGCCGCUCCGUGAUCUUCAUAGACGAGAUCGACAGUAUCUGUCGCCAGCGCAGCCUGCGCGAGGAGGAGCACACACGCCGCAUGAAGACCGAGCUUCUCAAGCAGAUGGAAGGGGCGGACAACUCAAGUUCCAGCGAGAAAAUCUUCCUGCUCUGUGCGACCAACUGCCCUUGGGAGCUGGAUUCAGCUUUUCUCAGACGGUUUCAGAAAAGGAUUUACAUUCCAUUGCCUGACAGAGAUGCCAGGAUUUCCCUUAUCAAGAUCCACACCCGAGACAACAACCUGCAACUGACGGACAAGGAAUGGUGCUACCUUGCUGACAGCACUGACGGCUACUCCGGCAGUGACAUUGCCAACAUGACCUUGGGGGCACUGUUUGGACCCAUACGGGACCUCCGCAUGGCGCAAUACUGGUGUCAAACUGCUGAGGGCCAUCUCACACCGUGCACCCCAGAUACACCAGGAGCCCUGAACUCUCGUAUGAUUGACCUACCACCAGAUAAGAUCCGACCUCGCCAAGUGCAAAUAGGUGACUUCAUCAAAUCUCUCCAGACGCACAGACGGACAGUCACCGAGGGAGACCUUGUAAAGUUCAAGGAAUUCACAGAGGACUUUGGAGAAAAUGGAUGAUUACAAGUGUUUAUGUAACAACAGAUGUUUAAAUGUUUAUGUUCACCUGUUGUUAACAUAAAAAUCAAAGAAAAUAUUGCAUUAGAAAUAUAUUUGGUUUUCUUUCAAAAUUUGUAUUUUAUGAUAAAUGAUGUAAAAUAAAGGUUGAUGAAAAAUUAUAAAUUUAUAAACGUAAAGAAACUGUCAUUAGUGCAACCAGUUGUUAAAAAAAUGUUAUCUAACUUGUACUUUGAUAAAGCAUUUUAUGUUGCUGUUUAAAACUUUGUUGGUGUUUGUACUUUUUAUUAUACAACUGUAAGGUUGAAUAAGGAAAAUUUGAAACAUUUUUUUGUUGAACUAAUGUGAUCAUUACAUUGAGGAAUACAUUUAAGGAUAAGAAAUCAAUUUGUUGAUUUGUAUGUCCCCUUGCAAUGUCUCUCUGUAUGUAUGUCUAAGCCAUAGCUUGGCCGUAUUUUGAUGGAUUUUGAAACUACUUGGCAUAAAUGUCAAACCUCAUUGCCUCAUGUUCCUUACAUUUGAGCCUUGCUUGAUAGAGGAUUGGUCCCUUACAUUUGAGUAUUGGUCCCUUACAUUUGAGCCUUGGUCCCUUACAUUUGAGCCUUGGACCCUUACAUUUGAGCUAUCGUCCCUUACAUUUGAGCCUUGGUCCCUAACACUUUAGCCUUUGUCCCUUACAUUUGAGCUUUUGUCCCUUACAUUUGAGCCUUGGUCCCUAACACUUUAGCCUUUGUCCCUUACAUUUGAGCUUUUGUCCCUUAAAUUUGAGCCUUGGUCCCUAACACUUUAGCCUUUGUCCCUUACAUUUGAGCUUUUGUCUCGUACAUUUAAGCCUUGGUCCCUUACACUUGAGUCUUGGUCCCUUACAUUUGAGCCUUGGUCCCUUACAUUUAAGCCUUGUUCUGGGAAAACUGGGCUUAAUGCAAGUGUCGUCCAUGAUUAGACAGCAGUCUGCAUGCUGAUCAAGGAUAACACCUUCUGCAAACACUGGAUUUUUGAUAACAAGAUAUCUUUAAAAAAACAAUUCCAUGAAAGCAGCACAUGCAUUUAUCCCAGAAUAAGGCUUGUUUGUUUUGGAUUCCUAGAUUUUGUGAGAGAACUCACGUCUUUUACACAAGAAAAAUACUGAGAAAUAAUGAAUGUGCAGCUGUGGUUAAAAUGUAAGUUUAUAUCCCCAAUGUGUUGUGUUAUUAAAAGUCAAAAGAUCAGAGGUAAAAAUAUGUGAAUAAUUUCCCAGAUGUGUUAUGCCAAUAAUUUCUGCGUGUACUCUUGCAUUUUGAUACUUAAUGAAUGAAGGUAAUUUUACCAGUUCUGUGUUAAAGUAGAAAGCAUUACAAUGGGCCUAUUUAAUAACCUUCCAAAUAAAAGUCAAUUUAUGCUAUUA